GCAGGGUGGGCUGGCAGCCAAGAUGCCUGGGUUCCAUAUUCAGCCCUCCCCCAGUGUUUGUACAACACACCAUGAGCUAGUUUCCGACUGUUGUUUUGGGUUUUUUUGGUUUCACUUUUGGUUGAUCCCUGAAGGGAGCAGAGAUGAAGCCCAGGGGUAGCUGGAGGUUUCUGAUCGGGGGAGUGGUGGUGAUGGGACCAGUGGCGGGUGGUUUUUGGUUCUUUUACACCGUGGUCAUCGAGGUGACAAAGACCCCGCAGCGGACCCCCAGCCCUGGCUCGGUGGAACUACCCGAUGGGACCUUCACCUUCCGCUUGGAUUACGCUGCUUUCCAGGCUGAGUUCCCCCAGCUGCAGAGCUACCGGUGCCGGGAGGUGAUCCCAGGGGACGGGGUUUGCACCGGGCCCCCGGGGCCGCCCCUGCUGCUCCUGGCCGUGAAAUCCCACCCAGCGUCCAGCGCCAGACGGGCCACCGCCCGCCGCACGUGGGCCCGGCCUGGAGUCCUGGGGGGCUACCGGGUCCGAGCCGUCUUCCUCAUGGGGGUGUCCCCUGAGCCCCGGCACAUGGCCCUGCUGGAGGAGGAGAGCGAGGAGUUUGGGGAUGUGGUCCUGUGGGAUUUCACCGAGAGCCACCACAACCUGUCGCUCAAGGAGCGGUGCUUUCUGCGCUGGGUGGGGGCGCGCUGCGGGCAGGCGGAUUUCAUCUUCAAAGGGGACGAUGACAUGUUUGUGAACCCCCCCGCCCUGGUGGCCUACCUGGACCAGACGCCCAACGCCUCCCACGUCAUCCACGGCAACAUCCAGCGCCAUGCAGCCGUGAUGAGAACCAAGAAAUAUCGCAUCUCCUCCACCCUGUUCCCCCAGGCCAAAUACCCCGACUUCCCCUCCGGGGGCGGGUUCCUUAUGCCCAGCGCCAGCGUCCCGGCCCUGGCCGCGGCCUCCGAGCGCCUCCCCGUCUUCCCGCUGGACGACGUCUACUUCGGCUUCCUGGCGCUGGCCGCCGGGCUGCGGUACCGGCACGACGUCCGAUUCCGGGUCUUUGGCAUGAAGGAUGAGCUGUGUCUGUACGGGGAUGCCUUCGUGGUGCACGGGGUGUCGCUGGACAGGGUGGAGGAGGUGUGGAGGGGGUUGUAUAAGGAGCAACGGUGCAAUGUGACGGGGCCUCUCCCCUCUUAGGGGUGCAGGGAAUGGGGCAGGGGCCUGUCCCCUCUAGAGGACACCUGCCACAGGGGAGGGAGUGGCUGAAUGUGACGCUCUGUACCUCGGGGGUGCUGGGUGUCCCCCCACGUUCAUGGUUGUGAAAUGAUUGUGUGGUAUCCAAUGCAAAGUUUGUCGUGGCGAGUGUGUUCGGCAGGCUGAUGAUACGCUGAACAUUGUGGCUACGGUCAUGUUAUCAUUGUUACCAAAAGGUUAUAAUUCCCUGUAUAUACCAGCGAGGUUCAUCUCACGCGCUGGUUCCGUUCCGCGGUCAGCGCGUAAAGCGAAAACCGCGUAGAGUCAAAAUCACCCUGAGUGCAAUGGCGGGCGGAAUCGCCCGCACUACAGGAACAGUAUUAAAGUUGCUAUUUUUCUCUUU